AUGGCCGAAGAGGAGUUCGAGAUCGACGUGUACGGCGACGCCCAGGACGGCGGUCAAGAACACGAGCACGGUGGCGCAGAAGACUAUGGCGACAACGUCCACAUGGAUGGCGCCCAAGGCCAUGAUCACGAUGACGAGCAGGGCCACGCCGAUGAGGACACCCAGAACGGCAGCGGCGACCAGCACAAUGACCAGUCUGCCUCGAGUACAUCCGCCCCCCAGCAGGGUGUCAAGCGGAAGUCGGAGCCAGAUGACCGCCCCGUUGACCCAGGUGCCACGGCAGCAUUGCUGAUCUCCGAGUUGCAAUGGUGGAACACAGAGGAUGAAGUGCGGAAUUGGGUCCACGAGGCUGACUGCGAGGAUGAGCUGAAAGACAUUACGUUUAGCGAGCACAAGGUCAACGGCAAGAGCAAAGGACAAGCAUACAUCGAGCUCGCCUCCAACCAGGCUGCAACCGCAACGAAGCGACACAUCGAUUCCGUUUUCGGCAGCGACGAGAAUGGCGCCGGCCAUAAUCAGCAGCGCCGCCCCACGGUCUCUUACCACAGCCCCGGCAACAACCCAUUCAAGACCCUGCCCAAGGACGCGCCACAGCGUGCUCGCGAUAAUGCUGGUCGCGGUGCGCCUGCCGGCCCCGGCAACUUCAACAAUAGCGGAGCAGCGAACAACUUCCAGGCUGGUGGAGGAGGAGGAGGCGGUGGCUUUCAGGGAGGCUUUCGGGGCGGACGAGGCGGAUUCAACCGCGGCGGAAUGCGCGGUGGCUUCAAUCCCAAUUACAACAACUCGAACAUGAACGCUUUUAAUAACAACAUGGGCGGCGGAUUUAACAACCCCAUGGGUGGUGGAGGCUUCCCCGGAGGCGGCUUCAACCGCGGUGGCGGCAUGGGUCGUGGCGGACCUGGCAUGGGCGCCAUGCGCGGUGGCCGUGGAGGCAUGAUGGGAGGGCCUACAGGUAUGAACGGUAUGGGCAUGGGAGGCAUGCCUAACAUGGGCAUGGGCGGAAUGCCCAACAUGGGUAUGAACAUGAUGGGUGGAAUGGGUUUUAACGGCAUGCCCGGACAAUUCAAUCCAGGGUUCUUCGGUGGUGGAAACCAGGGCGGCUACGGUGGAAACCAAGCCGGUGGUGGUGGAGGCGGAGGCGGCGACUGGGGCAAUCCCCACGGAACUAAGCGACCUCGCGGAGAGUAG